CAAAUAAUACCAUAAUUUUCUUCUCAUGGAUCAUGGACCAUUCACUCUCCCUCUCCCUGUCUCUCUCUAUCUCAAAUUAUGCUUUGUUCUUAUCUUUAUGAAUAGUAAUUAGAUCCCUCUGAAAGAGCCCACACCCACAUAUAUUGAACCUAAAAAGAAAGUAUUCCCUUUUUCUAUAGUAUCACUCACCUUCUCUCCUUAUAUUUUCCCCAAAUGCUCAAACACUAUUCAAUUUUCUAUUUUUCAAGAUCAUAGCCAUGAAUCAAUGUGUACCGAGUUGGGAUCUCGACGAUUGCUCCAAGAUUAAGUACCAAUCCAAUUCCCCUCAAGACGUUCCUUCGUUGGACUACGAAGUUGCAGAGCUAACUUGGGAAAAUGGUCAACUAGCCAUGCAUGGCCUCGGCGUCCCGCGCGUGGUGGGCAAACAAAGCGCGUCUGCCUCUCCCGCGACUUGGGACAAGCCACGCGCUGGCGGCACGCUCGAGUCCAUCGUCAACCAAGCCGCCUUCUACCCGCCGCCGCCCGAUGCCAAGUACCUGAUGCCGUGGUUUGAGAGCCACUGCGCCGCGAUGGCGAACCCGGGCCCCACCGGGUCCGUCACCGCCACAAUGGACGCGCUCGUGCCCUGCGCCACAAACGUCCACGGGCACGAGCGCCAGGAGUGCUCCACGCGCGUGGGCUCGUGCGCGGCGCCGCUGGACGUCGUGCGCGAGAGCGUCCAGACGUUCGGUGGCGCCGGGUUCACGUCGACGACGUCGCUGGAGAACACCAUCUCCGGCCAAGAGUACACGAAGACCUCCGCCGACGACCGUGACUCCGUUUCUCUUCACAGCAGGUCUCGGGCAUCUGAUAGAAAUGGAGAUGAGGAGGAUGGGCGAAGAAGAGACAAUGGAAAAUCCUCAGUUUGUACAAAAAGGAGUAGGGCAGCCGCAAUUCAUAACCAAUCCGAACGUAAACGAAGAGACAAAAUUAACCAGAGAAUGAAGACACUGCAGAAAUUGGUCCCGAAUUCCAGCAAGAAUGACAAAGCAUCAAUGUUGGAUGAGGUGAUAGAGUACUUGAAGCAAUUGCAGGCUCAAGUGCACAUGAUGAGUAGGAUGAACAUGCCAUCCAUGAUGCUGCCAUUAGCGAUGCAACAGCAGCAGCUUCAGAUGUCUAUGAUGGGAUGCAUGGGCAUGGGUAUGGGUAUGGGGAUGGGGGUUAUGGACAUGAACACCAUCCCCCGCCCCCAACCAACCGCUGGCUUCAUGCCCGUCCCACCCGCCACUUGGAACAAUGGAGGAGGCGACUGUUUGCCGCCUCCUCCUCCUCCCAUGCCGGACCCUUUAGCAGCACUCCUUGCAUGUCAAUCUCAACCGAUGACGAUGGAUGCUUAUAGCAGGCUGGCAGCUAUGUACCAACAAAUGCAACAGCAGUUACCUGGUUCAAAAAAUUAAAUUAGGUGAACUUGGGUGUUUUAUGCUAGAGAACUAUAUAUAUAGUUUCGAAAUGAAAAAUUAUAUCUAUAACCACAUGAGGGGUUUAUACUCUGAUUCUGCAUGAAUUUAAUUUCUCCAAUUAAUUGGAGCUUUGAGCAGAGUACAUGUAUGCAAGAGGUUUCGUGUUAUUACAUAUUACUACAUUGUAAUAUAUUUUUUCAAUUGUAAAAGUGCCGAUUAGUUCGUUUA